CUUGAGAAUCUUCUUCUCUUCCAACUUCCAGGCAAUGCCCUCCCGAGAGGAGACUGCACAGGAAUUCCAAGGCCACGCCUGAUGAGCACCACCAUGAUCGCAACCAUCAGCUCCAGCCUGGCCUACCCAGCGCAAGACCCUUCUGCCAACUCGAGCCAUCGCGGUACGGAUGCAGCGUCUGGCCCCGGCAAUAGGGGGCCAACAGUGAGGGAGAAGAAACACGUGUGUGACAUCUGCCACAAGGGAUUCGACAACAAGUACAAGCAGAGAGACCAUCGGCGGGCCCACACAAGGGCAUCAGCCAACGCGAUCACCAUAGCAAUUCAUCCAAAGCCAGCCACUGCGGUCGCCAAGACUCUCUCUCAUCGAGGACUUGUCUAUACAACGCUCUCGAAAGACCAGAAAGCUGCAACGCGUGCGCAGCUGCCUAGUCUCUGCCACUCCGAGCAGCGGCUCAAGAAGGAAGGCUAUACCAUUAUUGCAAGUGACGACAUCACCGCGGAUGGCAGCGCCAGCGCCGGGGCGGAAACUGUGCUUCCCACGCCUCGCGCAGCCCCAUCAGCGGUCAAGAUAUCUGCAAUCGUCGUCGACUGCGAAAUGGCUGGCACCGCCGAAAAGGACAGCGAACUCGUCCAUCUCACACUGCUGGAAUUCUUCUCCGGCCAUGUGCUCCUCAACAAACUCGUCAACCCCACCCGGGCAAUCACUGACUGGCGCACAAGCAUUACGGGCAUCGACGCCAGCACCAUGCAGGCCGCCGUGGACGACGACAGAGCCCUGCAGGGCUGGCAGGCUGCCCGCGCCGAGCUCUGGCGGCUCGCUGACGACAAUACCAUCCUCAUCGGCCAGUCGCUGCACAAUGACUUGAAGGUCCUGCAUACCACUCACUACAGGGUCAUUGACACGGCUGUCCUGGCCGCGGACGCGGUGCUGGGACAAAAGUCCAAGAUCCGCAAGAGAUGGGGCCUGCAGGAGCUCUGCCGCCAGCUACUGGACAUCCACAUCCGCCAACCAGCCGGGCCGGGGGAGAGUGUUGUUCACGACGCGCUGGAAGACACCCUAGCAACGAGGGAGCUGGUCUUGAUGUGCCUCUCCUGGCCGGAGAACCUUGCUAGCUGGGCCAAGGAAGAAAGAAAGGUCUUUUACGGAAAGAACAAAGGUGGCAAGAAGCAGCUAUCCAGCUUGCGUGGUGGUGGUAGCAGCUAAGCAGCCACGGCGUGCAUGUGGGAAGACAGCAUGCUCACUACCCCGGACAGCGAAUUCGAGGUACAGAGAUGGGAGGAUGUGGUGCCGUGGGGCUUCUUGCCAAGCUCGAACUGAUCAGUUUCCGCCAUGAACUAGUCAGCCUUCCCGAUCGCUGUUCUUUUGAGAUCUGGUUUUUCAUCAUUUUUCUAAGCCCCUGUGUGCUGUUUGCAUUUCUGUUCUUUUUUUCCCCUUCCUUCCUACUCCCUGAAUCUAGCUGCCCAGUAUAUUAGGCAUGUCUUUUCUCAAAUUCCUCCAGUUUGUACCAUGUUGUCGAAGACACGAAUGAAAUUAUCCACUUUUGAGACGUCGAGCACACGUUGCUACCAAUGCCCUGAC